AUUAUUGAACAUCAACUCAACCCAGAAGCAACUGAUUUGACUUGCGCCCACUUAAACUUGGUUACUUUAGGUGGUUCUGAACGCGUUGAUCGUCACCCGAAUUCUUCGAGAUUUUCUGAGCGCGAUUUCGUGAACAAAUAUUUGUCAUUAUUUACAUCUAUGGUGACGAAAACCGCCGAUAACGAAGCUGUGAAUUAUCGUGAUUCGGUGUUAACAUCGCUUUUUUCUAACUGCUUCGGUGGUAACAUGAAAACAGCUAUCAUAGCAACUUUUUUGAAGACUUCGGUGGAAAAUACGAAUUUUACUUUAAAUUUUGCUAGCAAAGCAAGAAAAAUCCAAAAUUCGCCGAUAAUUAAUCUAGCAGGAAGAGUCAGCCUGCUUCGCCAAAUUUUGUUGCAAACUGAAGCUUAUUAUGAAGAUCUUGAAAAUAUCAAAGCGAAAUGUGCUAAAUUGAAUAGUUUGAGUCAAAUUAUGACGGAAAUUGAAGUAUACCGCCACAGAAUUAAGUUGUUACAAUUACCUAUUGCAAGACGUGCUGAGAAGCCUCACGAUUUCAGCAAUUUGCUUUUAUACAUGGAGGACAUGGAGUUUUCUACUCUAGAAACACGACUUAUUAACGUUUUGAUAGCCAAUAAAGCAUUUGCUGAUGUACAUGUUGGUAAAGGUGUUAGGAUGCCUUUUGAAAUGUUGUAUGGAACUUUAUCUAAUGAAGUUGGAAAUGAUUUGAUUACUCCAUUCCCUGAGAAUUUCACCGAAGUGCUACUUGUUGAAAAUUAUGUUAUUGAUACUGACACCGAUUGUGAGUCGGAACUACCACAUAGCGACGAUGACACCGACGAUGGUGAUUUGACUCCUUCCCUCACAGAUAUUAGCAGUGAAUACUCAGCUUUAGAAAAAUCGAUUGCUUCUCGAGUUAAAAGCAAAGAAUUAAAAGCGGAAAUUGACAGUUUAUCUGCAAUUUUUCAUACAACUUAUUUCGAACAAGUAGCCAUCAACAAAAACUUAAGCAAACAAAAUGAAAAUUUAUAUGCCGAAAUCUCCGAGUUAAAAUCGAAAUUAUCAAGGCAAGCCAGCGAUAAAUGUAGCAUUUGUCAGCGAUUAUCAGCCGUGGAACUUGAAUUAACUCAAAACCAACCGGUUGUUGCAGACAGCGAUAUCCGUAGAGAGUACGAAUCGCUUCUUUUGCAAGUUGAUAAAAAAGAUUUGGAAUAUAUUGCAUUGCAACGAGAAAAAAACGAACUCGCGGCAAAAAUUAAAGAUUUAACCGCGGCUAUUGAAAAAUACAAAGCGCCCUCUCAUGCUUACCAUAAAUUAGAAACCACCGACUCAAACGUUGCUUUGCUACAAACUGAAGUGCAAACUUUGCAACAGAAAGUAACCGAUCAAGAUUUUAUCAUGGAGGGGAUGGCUGCGAAAUAUAAACGUCGCGAAGAAGAACUCGUCAAAAGAGUCCAAGAAAAAGAAGCUGCCCAACAACGCGUUUACAGCACUUUUAAAAGCUUUGAGAAACAAGUACAAGCUUCACCCCGAUUAGAAGAUACAGUGGCUCAAACAGAAGAUUUCACCUUGGGAUUGGAUGUAUCAUUACAAACUGAUAAACAUAAACUUGAAGUUAAGCUUGAAGAUAGUGAAGCUCAAACUGAUGUAAGCCCAACUAAAGAUGUGGGCUUCCAAACGGAAAAACGCUCUGUUACUCCGCUGCAAUAUUAUCAAACAAGAACCGAAAUUUCUUCGAUGACCGAAUUCUCCACGGAACUCGGAACAGCUGAAGUUAAUCUUACAAGUAUUACUAGCGCACCUAGUACCAGCGCAGCUGAAGAAAUGACUUGCGAUACCACAACACUUACUGUAGAAGAAAAAGAGUGCCUAAAAGAUUUGAGAAAAUGCCAAUCAGUGAUUGAUCAAAACAACACAGUUAUUAAAAACGUCAAAAAACUACACGUUCUUUAUACCAGAGAUAUCAGCAGACGUAUUAAACGCGAUCCAAAGAUGCACAACAAAAUGCGUCGCAAAGAAGAGGAACUUUUCCAAGUUAAAGCAGAGUUGCAUGCUGUUGAAGAUAAAUUACGAGACACCAAAGAAGAAUUACACAAAUUAAAAGAAAAAAGUAUCUCAGAUAGAAAUUUAGCAAGCAAGAAAGUGCAAACUCCCCAAAAAAUGAAGGGUUGUUUGGCUUGCAGUGAAUUAGCUGAUAAAGUUGAAGACUUGCAGAAUAAAUUGGCUGCUAUGAAAGCUGCUGAUGACUCAACUAAGUUCCGCAUGAACAUGGAAUUUCAUAAGAUUGAAAUGGAUCAUCUCACUAGAUCUAGUCAUGAAUUAAAUAAGAAGUAUUUAGAGUUAAAGGAAGAAUAUGAGAACGUUGUGAAAAUGGUUAGAGCUCAGGAAGCAGCAAGAAUUCGUGCAGAGCCACAACCCGGAAUAAAGAGACCCCCACUGCGAAAUUGUUUCUUUUACGACUCUGUACGUGGUUGUUGUUCUCUUCAAGUUUGUGCUAAAAAGAUUGAUAUUAUGAUGUCUAGUGACUUCGUACGAGUUGCAAUUAGAGCAGCACCUCCGCGUAAAAAGAAUUUUGGAAAUAGAAGCAACGUUUGGAUAAUCGAAGGAAAAUCCAUCAAACCGUUAACCACAACAAUACAAGAUGGUUUCCCGAUGAAUUUUGAUUUUGCAUUCGACUCAGAUUCUACAAAUAAGCAAGUUUUUGAUUCGGUCGUGGACCCAAUGAUCAGUUCUACGUUUGAAGGAUACAACAGCACGAUUUUUGCGUAUGGACCCACGUUAAGUGGAAAAUUCUUCACCAUGGAAGAAAAGAUGCAAGAUCCAGGAAUGAUUUUGCGUAGCAUCGAAGAAGUGUUCAAUUUGGCCACAAAAGAAAGGAAAUCUAGUAACUAUUUAAUCAGAUGUGCUUUUUUCAUGGUUUACAACAACAAAAUUUAUGACUUGUUGAAAUAUCUUGGAAAAUGUGUACAAGUCACCAACCUUCCAAGUGGAGAAAUUACAAUAGCUGCCAGAGAAACUGUAAUUACAUCAAAAAAACAAGCUUUUGACCUAUUUGACCUUGGUUUAAUGAACAGGGACUAUUAUGUUGAAAAUUGCAACCUCAUGAUUAAUCAUUGCAACAUAGUAUUUCGCUUGAUUAUUGAGCACGAAAUCAAGCAUGGAAAGGACACUAUGACUCCUACAGCACAUUUAAAUUUGGUUACUUUAGGAGGAUGUGAACGUGUCAAACGCCCAGCUGAUACCCCACGAUUUGUUGAUCGUGAUUUUAUUGACAAGUAA